CUCUUCUCAAUCCCAAGCCUCCCGGGCCGCCCAAGAUUGUCAAUCUAUUGUUGCACUCUGUGCCGAGAGACUGGCUUGGAGCCCGAUUCCCGAAAUGCCAUCGAAAUCCACCUCCCACCAUUCUCUGCGAUCUCUCCCUAUCUAGUAACUGGCCCUUGCUAUAAUAGAGAGGAUGUCCCGGACCAGACAGGAGCACCCUUUUUACAAUCGGAGAUAUCUGAACUCACCAACCCCAGAGCCGCUAUCUGGGCAGAUGACGUUUUUGAUACGAGGAGAAUUACAAAACAUGUUUUACGAAAUAACAGCUCUUUCCCUCCGCUCAGUAGAGCCUUGCAGGCUUGGAUGGCGUCGAAUGGGGCGGAUGACAAGAUUUAAUGAGCGACGGCUUCCUCGAUGAGCAUUCGCUCGAGGCGGUGAUGUGA